UCCGCGCCCUCUGACAGGAAAGCGUCCCGCAGGAAGCGAUGUCUUUUAAUAUCCAAAUAGCCAAACGUUUAUUGUUAUUUGUGAUAACCGCUCAUUUUUACUCGUUUAUGUUUUGCAGCUCAAAAAGUUUAACAAGUGGGCCUAAUGUUUUGUCGAAUUAUCGAGUAGAGGAAUCGGCGACGGCUAUGUGGGACGACAGACAAGAGAAACACCGAACGCAGGGCCAGCAACCGGCGGCCGAGCAUGUUACUGAUGGCUCCUCUCCGCGAAAAGACACUCAGUUAGGCCCCCCACUUCGGCACGACCUUCCCGAAGAUUUCCUCGCACUUAUUAGUGACUUAAAGCUCGACGAGGUACACGCUACACUGAACGGUUCGUUUUGGACACCUGGUAAUGUCAGCGUGGGACAUGGGUCUCCGGCUCAGGACUCUGAUGAGGGGUACCAGGCAGACUUUACAGGUUAUCUUGAAGUUCAGGGGGAGGUUUCUUACCCCAGGUCAUAUAUAUUUAUGAAGCCUUUGGUGAAGUGCAUUGAGAACGUCAUGAUCUUCACGGCUUCCGGUCAAGGACUGACACACCUGUUAGUAGACAGAGGGAGAGCCUCUCCCAUCUCCAUUUUACAGUUGCCUGCAUAUUGUGGCUACAUGGUAAAGGCAACAUGGAACAACUUGGAGAUAAUGGCGCCUUAUGAUGGAUGCUACAUCACCCACGAGAAUGGCAGUUAUGUGCUGCAUAUGGUGUGGAUGGGCAGCCCGUUGAAGCUGUCUUGCCCCAUGAUGCCCACGGAAUUUCUUUCGUUGUCACCACCCUCAACGGCAGUCUUCUGCUCCCCGUAUGGCAUGGCAGUACAGUUACAUGGGCAGAAACGCAAUCCACCACAGCUGAGAGUCCUCGUUGAUGGAGCUUGGAGCCCGUUUGUAUCUGACCUAUGUGCACUCCAGACUGAGUCCCAGUCAAAGAACAUCAUAUUUGUCAUUUCCUACAACGCUCCUUGUAUCACUGUUGACAAUGGGCUUCAACUCAAGAUUACUCUAAAUGAUCAAGAAUAUGAUCUAUCCUGCCCAGUCUUUCCUCAGUUAAGCCAUAAACACUCUCAGCAUCAGCCCCCUACUUCUUUGCCCAGUUACCCUUGGUUAAGCUUCAUUACAGAUCCCACCCAUACCGUACCUUCGCCCCCUCUUUCUUCUCCACCCAAAACUCAAAAUCAGCAGCAGACUGCCCAUAUUCCGAACCAUCAUUAUUACGCCCACCCUGGCCUCCAGUACCACCACCUACCCAUGGUCUACCGUCCUGUCCCACAAUUCUCUCAUCCACUUCAGCCAACCAUUAAAGUCCCUCAACGGCCCCAGCAACCGUCCCAGUACCCAUCAGGACCCGACAUGUCGGGCCACUAUUUUAACGGUCACCCGCAAUAUCCUUAUCUUAUACCGAGGGAUCAUUUUCACCAUCAAGUUCCUAAAUUAUCCACAGUCUCUUCUCAAUAUGAACCCCAUCCUCUACACUCCUAUGGUGCAUUGGCUCCAACAAUGCAAGAAAAGCCUAGACCUCUAGCAAGUUAUCAACCUGCACUCGCAACAGCACCAACAACCAAAGCGCCUUCUCCUUCUCCACUAAAACAGCCCACACAUCCACAGCAUCAAACCAGUCCGCUUAAGCCACAGCUGUCGUAUUAUGCUCAGUGGCUAGUUUCCCACCCAGCUUUACAUCCUUCUGCUUCAUUUGGUAUCCCCACAGCCAGUACCAGAGGCAGCUCCACAUAUCCAUCCAACCAGUUUUAUGACAAACAUCCCCCUUACUUUCCACCACCUAAACAUCUACCACCUGCCAAAGGAAAGCCCCAGAAACCACACGCACCGCAAAUUACGUGCCGGUCAUCUAGUGACCCCUCAUGUGGCUAUCAUCACAUUUUCCAACCACAAGACAACGAUCGGCCCCAUCCUUCAUUGCCCAGCUCUGUGGAUAGUAACCAUCCAAAGAUGGAAAUUCUUUCCGCCACCACUUCCCCACCUUGGCUCACUCCACACACUCCAUCUCUCCAGUGUCUGAAGGGAAGACUGGUUGUCUUCCUGCCUUUUGCUGACCCAGCGUCCAUCCAGGUCAGAGAACACCUAAAGAAAUGGAUGCUCCUGUCCAGUGUGUCUGAACUUUGCGGCUACAUGGUACAGAUUGUUGCUGGCUAUGGGGUGAUCCUCUACUCUCCCCUGCCUGCCUGCCACAGCCAGUUUGAGCCCCCGUCAACCAUUUCCUUGCACAUAAGGUAUUGGGACCUUUCCAUCUGGCAGAAUAGGACCUGGGACCUGCGUUGCCCAUAUCAAAGUGUGCCUGAAACUCAAGCACCAGCCAUUCCCUCAACUAUUCCGCUACCACCAAGCACAACCAAGGACGAGAGCAGCCAGUUUGUCAUGAGGACUGAAGUCCUUUGUAUGCCCCAGCAGAUGAAUGUAGUUCUCCCCCCUGGUCCCAUUUCAGAAAUAGCAGUUACGGAUAUCAAGGGGAACCAGGUGAAUCUCCUUGAAGCGUCGAAAGACUGUGGUUAUCAUGCAGAGGUGGCCAAAGAUGGCAAAAUCCAUCUGACUCUGCAGCUCCAUUCACACUGUCAGAUGAGUGGUACCACCUACAUCAUUACUGUCAUCUACAUGACAGAAAGUGGAAGAAAGGAGGCUCAUGUUUCGUGUCCAGUUGUGAUUCCGAGGUCUGGCAAUGAGUGCGACCUUCAUAGCGAAUACCGUCUCCCCUGUGGAUCUGGCUCUGUGUCCCAGACAGAGUGCCUCUCCAUGGGCUGCUGCUUCAACAAGCACCCCCCAACCUGCCACUACCCCAUGGAUGAGUGCACUAUUGACCGCCACAUGAUCUUCUACGUGCCCGCCUCCCUUACAGACCCCCCCCUUUCCCCUGCUCUACUUGUUGCUGCCAACAAUUCAACCUGCACACCUGAAAAAGCGACCUCUGACUACGCCUUGUUCAAUAUCCCAAUGGAUGGCUGUGGGACACGCAGAGUGGUGUUGGGGAAGACGGUCGUAUAUAUGGUGGAGAUCACCAACAUGAUACAUGCAGUGAGCCUCAACUACGGCACCAUCACAAGGGAUACUCCUGUCAGGCUGCUGGUUGAGUGCAGGUACGUGCCAGGAACGGCGUUGAGUGUGAGUUACAUGGUUAAAACUCCCUCCUUGGGUCCAGAGAUUCACACUCAAGGUGUGUUUGGAGUCCAACUUAGAAUUGCCCAAGAUGCUCACUACAGCAGCUACUACCCACAGUAUCACCAGCCUCUGCAUAUGUUGCUGGGGAAACCUCUCCAUCUGGAAGUACGGCUCCUCAACUCCCCAGAUCCCAGUUUGGUUCUGCUGGUGCACUUCUGUGUUGCCUACCCCCGCUCCGGAAAAGCUGUGUGGGUGCUGCUUUACAACGGGUGUCCGAACCCCUUGGAUCCAGAACCAUCAAAGGCAGUUUUGUCUUACCCUAAAGCAGCUGCUCCUCAGAGUCAGACCCGCCGCUUCACCGUCAGCACCUUCCAGUUUCUGCCUGACGGUGAAUUCCAGGACACGGAUGAAGAGAUCUACUUCAUGUGUUCAACUGAAAUCUGCUCGCCACACAAUGGGCCUUGUGUUGAAGGAUGCUUUGCCCACUGACGUUUUCUUAGUUGUGACAUGGAGGAUGCUUGAAGUUUAUCCAGAUAAUUUGAUCCCUCAUUUAACCACCAAUAAAAGCUCUUCAGUA